AUGUCUCUCGAAAAAGUUAUUGAAUCAUAUGAAAGUACUUCUGCAUUAAUUGGUAAUAAUGAUAAAAAGGAAAUUACGAAAAUUGAUAUUUGUUUAAACUAUGCAUAUGAUAUUUCUGAUAUAUUAAAGAAGUACAAUUUCAAUGUUGAAUAUGAUAAGAACUUGAUUUUAUCUGAUAAAGACAAAGAUCUUGAU